UUGAGAUGUCAGUAGGGAGAGCUCUAGUCUAGAACACUGGAACCAAAGAUACUCCCCUUUCAUCUGUUCUGGAACCUUCAGUACCAGCUGAUGAGGAGUGAUGGGAAUGGGUCACAUUUUGUCUCUUGUAAAACAUGUAGGUCCACUCCUCAAAUAAAGAAAUGCAACUACAGUAUUCUGACUUUAGACCAUUUUCUAUUUAGAUACAGUAACAUCCCUUAUGUGACAUGUUGUUGCUGCAUGUUAAUGACCUGUCUAGACAUCUUUAAAAUGUGUCAACCACAGAACUCACACAUAGGCUACGCCUGCUUCUACUAACACUUACAGUAAACUACUUCUUGUUUCCACGCAGUGACAGUAAGUUGACUGACUGUUCAAGACCUCUCCUCUUCACUUCACUCUAUCCUCUCAAGCUCUGUCAGGUUGGAUGGGGAGCAUCGCUGCACAGCUAUUUUCAGGUUUCUCCAGAGAUGUUCGAUCGGGUUUGUCCUGCCUCUGGCUGGGCCACUGAAGGACAUUUAGAGACUUGUCCCGAAGCCACUCCUGCGUUGUCUUGGCUGUGUGCUUAGGGUCGUUGUCCUGUUGAGAGACUGCAGGGUGGGAGAUGCAACAAUGGCCUUGAGAACAGCAGGAAGUGUGUUGGGGGUCUUCCUCUGGUCUGUAGCAGUGGUACUGGGUCAGGAUGGCUGGAGUGUGACAUACACCACUCAGAGUAUCUGUACCUUGAAGGGGUCAACAGUGGAGCUGACCUGCUCUUACACAUAUCCCAGAGGUCAUACAGUCACAACAACCUACUGGUUCAACAAAUAUGAUGCUGUUGGUCCUGUAAGUCUGAGUGAUGACCCAGACUACAAAGGACGUGUGACGUACCGUGAGGAUGAAGAGAAUGGUCACACCCAGACAAUCACAGACCUGAGAGAGAGUGACUCAGCUACGUACAAAUUCAGAUUUACAGAUCAGACUGGAACAUGGAGAUAUACUGGUGAUCCUGGAGUCACUCUGUCUGUCACAGGUCUUCAGGUGAAGGUGACUGGUGGACAUCAGGAUAAGACACUGACCUGUAUCACCACCUGUACUCUGACUGACAACCCCACCUACAUCUGGUACAAGAACGGACAACAUCUAGAUGAGAGCACCUCCCCCCAGUACAAAGACCCAGUCUCCAGUAACUAUGGAGACAGUUACUCCUGUGCUGUAAAAGGCCAUGAGGAUCUCCACUCUCCUGCAGUGUGUGUCCAGGGUCAGGACUGCAACAGAGUGACUUACACCAAGAGGACAAUCUGUGCCUUGAAGGGGUCAACAGUGGACAUAUCCUGUACUUAUUUCAGUGGUGAUGAUACAGUUAAAUCAUCACUCUGGUUUAGUUCUAAACAGAGUUCCAGCUGGAAGGAUGAGUUGAUGCCUGAGGACCUAACCACAGACCCAGGGUAUGCAGGUCGUGUGGAGUAUGUUGGAGAGAAGGAGAGAGGUCGCUCCACCCUGAGAAUCACAGAUCUGAGAGAGGAGGACUCUGCUGAGUACAAGUUCAUAUUCAACACACAGACAUCAAGAUGGGGACACAGUUUCCCUGGAACAACUCUGACUGUCACAGACCUGCAGGUGAAGGUGACUCCUGCCACAGAGGCAGGGAAGAGGACACUGACCUGUAUCACCACCUGUACUCUGACUGACAACCCCACCUACAUCUGGUACAAGAACGGACACAAAGUAAAGGAGGACACUUCCAGCCUGGACUCAGACUCCUUUAGUGAUGCAGACAGUUACUCCUGUGCUGUAAAAGGCCAUGAGGAUCUCCUCUCUCCUGCAGUGU